CCACCCAACAGUCCACGAGCAACUGAAUCCUGGUCACAGACACAUGAAUGAGCUUCAGAGCCAACACACUGAUUGCAGCCUAUGGGAGAUUUUGAAGGAGAGGUACCUGGACUGGUAUCCUUAUAAGAAGAAGAAGAAGAGAUACCAGAGCACCUCCUGCACCCCACCCCGUGUGUGCUCAGAAUGAAGGCCUUGUGAGAACACAGCAGGAAGACUACUGCCUGCACAACAGGAAGAGAGGCCUCACCAGAAACAACAUGCUGAUCUUGGACUUUCGGCCUCCAGAACUGUGUGGACGAAAAUAAUUUGCUGAGAUGUCAGCUGGGAAUUCUCCCAGGGAAAGCUUGGAAAUGAAGAGCUUCCACACAAGAUUCAGUGCCUGGACACCUUUUAGCAACAAGUCAUUAAAUUGACAGGAAAAUGUCAUUUUCUCUCCCUUAUUGCUCUUUCAGGAAAGAGUUGCUCUUAUAAGUCAUUGAUUUGACCUCUGGACUAACAAGCAACAUCAAGAAUUCUUAUUCACGAUUUUUUUAUGAUGCACUAAAUUACAAUUAAGGGUUGUCCAAGACUGGUUUUCAGAAAGGAUGCAAGUGGCCAAAGUGGAUUUUCUACCACGCUUCAUUUCUCUAUGUAUCUUUUCCUUUCCAAAAGAUUUGUGUGCAGCUGCACAAGUCAGCUGGCCCUGGAAAUUUUUAACUGAACAGGAUUGCUUAUGGAUGCCCAAAUGCAUGAAGUUUGGAUGGUUUCUGCCCUAUACGCCAACAGAUAAUGAGUAUGGUGCUUGGAAGCACCAUUACAGCUGUGUGUCCAACCUAGAUUGGCUAACCCCUAGGGAAGCCGCAGCUCUUUAUGGGACCCUGAAUGAACCCAAAACAGAAGAUGAGCAACUACAGGAGAGGCAAAGAGAAAAGUGCCUAAGGAAAAUAAUUUGGGAGAAAAUUGCACUACAAAAGAAAGAUUUGUUCAAAGUUCGACCCCCUUGGGUGAAUGGAACAUGCUGCUCUAGAUUGUUCGAAUCCAAAUGCCAACCACGUCUCUCCCAAACUGUAGUGGGAUUACAGGAAACUUUGGAGAAACAGCUUGUUUUUGCAUCUUUAGAAGCUUUGCCCAAGCGAAGCAAUGUUUCUGGAUGCCAUUCCUACCCUUUAUUAUCAAAGAAAAAUUGGCAUGGAGUUUAUAAAAAUGACAGCAGCUCUUCACAUGCUCUCCAGCCACACUUCAUAGUAAUAUCAUCUCGGAUUCCUAGGACGUAUGGCAAUCUUUUGGUCACCAUGUGUACGAAAAUGAUUCAUCUUCUAAAAGGAAAGCGGUCUGAUCUAGGCUAUAAAAUUGGUAUUAAAAAUUUACUGAGGCCUGAAGUGAGAGACUUCUGGGAGAAAUUAGGAAGCUAUGUGGCCCCUGGAGAAGAAGGGGGUCAUGUGGACCUCUUUGUACAACUCGGAGCAUCAGAGGCAGGAACAGAAGUUCUUUCUCAGCUGUCUCAACUGACUGGCACGUUAUUGACCACCCCCACUGGGAUUGCCACCGGCUCGUACCAACACAUUCUUAGUGACUGGCUGGGACGGCAGUGGGAAAGGGCGCCCCCUUCCACCUACUUCAGCGAAUCAAAGCUGCAGACAUGGUCCAGCCUCACCGACUUCCUGGAAGACACCUUGAAAUCAGUAAGGCAACAGCUAAGUCCUCUCUUCAAGGAGUUGCAGAGGAACGUAAGUGGCAGGAUGACAGGGCAAUUUGUAUCUGACACCAUGAGUAUGGCUAACAUUCUGAAUAACCAAGAAAUUAUACAAGCUCUGGCAGAGGGAUUGAUUGAACUUUCAAAAGAAAAUUCUGAAAGAAAUGUUAUAGAAGAGAAUCCUCAGGACACAAAAUCAAGUCUCAGCAAAAACGGUCCAAAUUUUGAGUUGCUGCUUGAGUUGGUUGUCACUAGCCAAUAUUUCAUGGCCACGCUUUCCUCAUAUUGCAGGUGGUUUCUAGAUGACUUGAGAGACAGACUACAGGAAUGGGGCCCAGCUCACUGCGUGGGAGAAAUAUUCAUAAAGUUUGGAAGCCAGUUGAACAUAUACGCCAAUUUCUUCAACAAUUACCCUGUUAUUCUGAAAACUAUGGAGAAGUGCAGAGAAAUGAUACCAGCACUCCGAGCUUUCCUGAAGAGGCAUGAUAAGACCAUUGUUACAAAGAUGCUGAGCCUUCCAGAGCUGCUUUUGCACCCAUCCCAAAGGUCUGAAGAAUAUAUUCAUCUUCUCUACGCUCUGAGGCUUCACACUUCUGCAGAACAUGUUGACCACGACUUGACCACUGCAAUUGAAGUAAUCAAGAAAUACAAAGGUUGCAUAGAUCAGUUGAAGCAGAACAUCAAUAUGAAAGAUCAGCUGUCAGACAUAGAGAGAAUCAUCUGUGGGUGCCCGACUCUAUCAGAAGUAAACAGAUAUCUGAUUAGGGUCCAAGAUGUAGCCCAACUUCACUGCUGUGAUGAGGAACUAAGUUUCUCUUUAAGGCUCUAUGAACAUACCUGUGAUCUCAGUCUUUUCCUCUUCAACGAUGCACUGCUUGUUUCUAGUGGGGGCACAUCUCGUACUCCGUUUGAAAGGACUUCAAAAUCAACCUACCAGUUCAUUGCAUCAGUGGCCCUUCACAGACUACUCAUCGAAGAUAUUCCAGAUUCCAAAUGUAUGAAGAAUGCAUUUAUUCUUCAAGGUCCAAAGCAUGAAUGGAUUUGUGCUACAGAAGUUGAGGAUGAUAAAUUCCUGCGGUUGUCAGUACUCCAAAAUGCCAUCGAAAGUAGUAUGGAAAAGUGAGACUGGACUUAAAACACUGGGAGUUCCAACCUGCCCUGGCAAAGACAGACAG